AUAGAACAAGAAUUUGGUUUUAGAGUAAAUCAAUCAACAAUAUCAAGAAUAUUAUUGGGACCUAUUGAGUUUUCUGAGGAGACAAAUUGUGGAAACUCAAGCCGAAAAAGAAUUAAAUCAGUAAAAUAUCCUUACUUGGACAGUGCACUAUAUGAAUAG